GAAGGCACGAACAACAACGGCCACCUCGGUCCCACAAACGAACACAAUUGGGGGGCCAGCCCAUACCCUUGGCUCACCUUCUACAGAGACACCAACUCAUAUCUGAAUGGCAAUGAGGAGUGCGACUGCUACAGAGGCAUACCAUUCACACCCGAUGAGAUAUUCGAGAAUCGCUUCUUCCACUUGGCUGAGUAUGACGUCCGCAUUUCUUAUCUUUGCAGCUUCAAUGGAGCGUCGUUGAAAGGCCACAAUGAUUUUCGGGCGCUGGCUGGGAGGCAAAGGUAA